GACAGAAACAAGAUAGAGGCAGAGACAGCAAGAGAGAGACAACGAGAGUAUAACAUUAGCGAUAUGAAUUUCAUGGAAUUUGCAAAGUUUCGCGCGGCUUAGCGUUUAUCACCACAUCCCACAACAUCCACUUGUCGCUGCACACUGGGCGUUGGGUCAUUGGGCACGUGCUGCCGCCGAGCGAAAGCAGCGAUGCGCAGCUGAACUCGCCCCAAGAGCCUGAACUGCGACCCUGGCGCGUAGAAAUGAGAAAGUGUCCCUGCCCAAUGGAGCUGGCGACACUGAGUUUCAUUUAAAGCGAAUCGCAGACAUCGUGCAUAUGCAGUAAGAAUAUCAGUAAUAAUGCAAAUAAGAAUAACAUAAUGCACAACAACAGCAGCAGCACUAACAACAACAACAACAACCUGAGCUGAGCUUUAGAUCUUGGGUAUAAAACGUGUGGGUCGCUGCGAUGUCAAUUCAAACGUUUAACGAGCUCAGAGCAGCACGCGACCGAUAAGACGAGCCCCCCAGUAACAUCAUACAUUGUAUAUAAGUAUAUUGUAAUCAAGCAUUUAACAAUGCACGCCAGCAAAUUAAUGUUGUCUCUGGUGUUGACGCUGCUGUGCUGUCAGGGCCUGUUGGCAGCUUGUGUCUGCUCGGAGAAGGGCACCGAUUUCUGUCAGAGCUGCCAGGGACCGACGAUAGUGCGACCGCGGCCCCGCUACUAUGAGCCCAGCGAGGUGAACUUGUCGCCCAUCGGCGACAAUUGCUGGUGCAGCAAGCAGCUGAUCGAGCCCGCCCAGCUACCGAAGACCUGCGGCAAAAAGCCACCAUGCAAACCCACCUGCGGCUGUCAGAAGUGCCAAGAUAGCAGCUACGCCAGCWCCAGCAGCAGCAGCAGCAGCAGCUCCACAUACGAUAACAUUGGCUAUGCGGCCGAGAAGUCGAGGGAUGAUAGCCCACCGGCUGAUCCCAUAAGCGUCAGCCUGGCCGUCCAGGCGGGCAAGGCUAUCAAUGUGCCCGAGGCCAAGCUGUCCUAUGGAUUCGCACAGAAGCCCGUGGAUGGACAACAGAAAAUCUUCUUCUCCAAUGUGCCCGAGGAGAAUCUGUUUAAGCUGAAGAGCGAUGUCAUCACACUGAAGAAGCGCAACUAUGUGGCCAAGGAGGAGGAAGAGGAGGAGUACGUAGAGGAAGAGGAGGAGCAAGCCGCCGAGAGUGACGAAGCGGCGCCGCAAUUGACAUACAAGCAGCUUGGCUACAUAACCGAACAAUUCAAGAAUCCCAAAUUCAAGAAAAUCAUCUCAUCCAAAUCCAGCUACAGCUCCAGCUCGGCCAGUGAAGGCUACGGCAAGGUGGGUGGCAAAGUUUCGGUCGACUGCGGCUUCAAGCCCGGUCGGGUCGCCCCCUAUCGCAGUGCCCGUCGCCAGGAGCUGGAUAGUGGCAGCUACUAUUAGGUAGUAAGAUCAGAGUCUGUAAAUAAUUGUAUAUGAAUAGGGAUGGAUGCAAUGAUGAUGUAUGAUGUAUGUAUGUUUUAGUUAGCG